AUGGCUCCGCGUAUCGCCAUUGUUUACUAUUCCAUGUACGGCCAUAUCGGAAAGAUCGCCGAAGCAGAAAAAUCAGGCAUUGAAGCCGCCGGAGGCAAGGCCGAUGUCUACCAAGUCAAGGAGACCCUCCCCGAAGAGGUCCUCUCCAAGAUGCACGCACCCGGCCAAUCCAGCUCCAUCCCCUUCAUCACCCCCGACGAGCUUGAAAAAUAUGACGCCUUCCUCCUUGGCAUUCCCACCCGUUAUGGCAACUUCCCUACCCAGUGGAAAGCCUUCUGGGACCAGACUGGCAAGCAGUGGCAGACUGGCGGAUACUACGGGAAAUAUGUUGGUGUCUUCAUCAGUACCGCCUCUCAGGGAGGAGGACAGGAGAGCACGGCGUUGGCGGCUAUGAGCACUUUCACGCACCAUGGCAUGAUCUAUGUACCGUUGGGUUACGCCACGGCGUUUGCGACGUUGGCGAAUUUGGAGGAGGUGAGGGGUGGUACUCCGUGGGGUGCAGGGACUUUUGCCGGUGCUGACGGCUCGCGCAUGCCUACCGAGCAGGAACUUAGCCUAGCCAAGACACAGGGCGAGUCCUUCUACAAGGCUGUGUCGAAGGUCAACUUCGCAUGA